ACUAGCAAAGCAAAAGAAAUGUCGGCAUGUCGCUAAACUCGCGUACUGGGCACUGGUUAGUGGCUACUUUUCGAAGUCAGCACUUUGAAGUCUGAUUGUCUGGUUUUAGUGAAUCAAGUCUUCUUCAAUACUUGAAACUUGUCUAUGCUGGUGACUAACAACUUCAACUGUAUCACUGAAAAAACUAAAUAUUUAAGCUAUCCUGUUCCAAUCUUGAAUUAUAAACUGUCUUAUAAUUAUUUGGAAAUAUGGCGCUUCCAUCAACAUACAAACAGAUAGCUAUAAAUCAACAGUCUCCUGCUCGUGCUCCAGUCACAUUCAACAUUUUGAAAGCGACUAAAACGGGAUCCUAUCAAAAUGAACGUUUAAGACCUGGUGGAAGUUCCAACCAAUUAUCUGGAUCUAAAGAUCAAAAUCAAAGUCCAUUCAUUCCAAAUAGCCAUGGAAAUCCAGCAUUUCAUCCACAAAAAAUAUCAAAAGCUGCUGCUGAUGCUCGUGGUAUUAAACCUCCCAAACCACCAGAAAAACCUCUCAUGCCAUACAUGCGAUACAGUCGCAAAGUUUGGGAUCAGGUCAAGGCAGGUAAUCCUGAUUUAAAGUUAUGGGAAAUUGGUAAAAUUAUUGGACAAAUGUGGAGGGAUCUUCCUGAUGAUAACAAACAAGAAUACAUUGAUGAUUAUGAAUCAGAAAAAUUGACUUAUGAAAAAGCUAUGAAGUUAUAUCAUACCUCACCAGCAUAUUUAGCCUAUUUACAAGCAAAGAAUAAAGGUAAAUUAAAUCAAGUAGAAGAUAGAGAACCACAUGAAAGAUCAACAGGAGGUGGUAAACAAGCUGCUGCAGAUCGAAGAAUUGAAAUACAACCAGCAGAAGACGAAGAAGAUCAAGAUGAUGGAUUCAGUGUUAAACAUGUAGCUUAUGCAAGAUAUAUAAGAAAUCAUAGAUUGAUUAAUGAAAUAUUUUCUGAUAGUGUUGUCCCCGAUGUACGUUCAGUGGUCACUACUGCCCGUAUGCAAGUUUUAAAGAGACAGGUUCAAAGUUUAACUAUGCAUCAGAAAAAAUUGGAAGCAGAAUUACAACAAAUUGAAGAAAAAUUUGAUACUAAAAAAAGAAAAUUUAUUGAAUGUAGUGACACAUUCCAACAAGAACUAAAAAAACACUGUGUUCAAGCAGUAUCAGAGGAAGCAUUUCAAAAAAUGGUAGAACGCCAGGUUGAGAUAUUGCAAAAAGAACGAACUAAAACUGUGGGCCAGCCAGGACCCCCUGAAGAAUUUUCUAAAGUACAUUGUGAACAGCAAUUGGAACAAAAUGAAGCUGUACCAUCAGUUGAGGAAGAUACUUCAUCAUGUGUGGUUCCUUCUAGUACCACUGAUGAUAGUUCAAAUAUGGAAGUUGAGUCUGGUAUAACUUCUGACAGUUCAUCAAAAUCUGAACAACUUGUAUCAGAAACUAGAGAAAAUGGAGAAAUUACAACUUCUCCACCACAACCCUCACAUCAACCUCAAUUAUUGAAAGAACAGCAGCCAACACAAAUUCAAUCACAACAGCAUUUACAAUUCCAAGCACAACAUGCUCCUCAAUUCCAAACACAAUCACAAUUUCAACAACAAUUAUCACAAACACAACCUCUGCAGCCUCAGCCUUCUCAACAAUCGCUACAGCCGCCUCAACAACAACUUUUACAGCCACAGCCUUCAUUACAGCAAUUGCCACAAGCUCAGCCUUCAUUACAGCAAUUACCACAAGCUCAGCCUUCAUUACAGCAAUUGCCACAAGCACAGCCUUCAUUACAGCAAUUGCCACAAGCACAGCCUUCAAUACAGCAAUUGUCACAAGCACAGCCUUCAUUACAUCAAUUGCCACAGACACAGCCUGAUAUACAGCAACUAUUACAGCCACAGAAUUCAUUUCAGCAAAUAACACAGCAACAAUCACCAGAACAAGUCGCUCCACAACCACAGCCUCAACAACAACACUCUCCUCAACCACAGUUGCAGUCACUGAAUCAUCAACAACAACCUUUGCAGUCAAAUGUGUUACAGCCACAAACUCCACAACAACAGUCUUUACAGCCUAAUCCUCCUCAACAACAGUCUUUGCCACCAAACUCCCCUCAACAACAACAUUUGCAGCCAAGCUCUCCUCAACAACAACCUUUGCAGUCACAUCCUCCUCAACAACAGCCUUUACAACCAAAUCCUCCUCAACAACAGCCUUUACAGCCCAACCCUCAACAACAACCUUUGCAGUCGCAUGUUCCACAACAACAGCUUUUACAACCACAUCCUCCCCAACAACAGCCUCUACAACCACAUCCUCCCCAACAACAUUCUUUACUGCCACAUACCACCCAGCAAAAUUCUUUACAGACUCAACUUCAACAGCAGCCACAAACUCCACAGCAACAACCUUCUGUGCAACCAUCAUCAAUUCAAACACCUCCGCAACAACAAUCUCCACAACCACAAUUACAAUCCCCACAGACACAACAAUCACCCACCCCGCAGAUACAACAAUUGCAGUCUCCACUUCCUCAACAAUUACAAACCCAACAGACACAAGUUCAAAUAUCACCACAGCCUCAAUUGCAACCAACUCAAUCUCAAUUGCAACCACCACAAUCACAAUUACAACCACCACAAUCGCAAUUACAACCACCACAAUCGCAAUUGCAAUCACCACAAUCGCAAUUGCAACCACCACAAUCUCAACCACAGCCCCCUCCAGUCAUGGUGCCGCCACCGCCUUCUGUUCCACCAGCAUUGGGAUCAGAUUCGCCUUCAAAUGUUGUUUCAUCAACUACAGAAUCACCACCGAAAUUACCAGAAACUAAAGCUUAUUCUGCUCCUUCAACUCAACCAUACCCACCAUUAUCACAGUCUUACACUCAAGGACCUUCAUUUCAACUGUCACAGAACUCUCAAGUUAAUGUUCCAAAUGUAUAUCCACCAAAUCAAGCUCCCUCUAAUGCUGCCCCUCCACAACAUCCACAUUCAGGUAUGAUGCAGCCUCCUCAAAUUCCCCCAUCUCAAGGAACACCGUCACCAACUCCGUCAACUGGAUUUCCUCCAUAUCCACAACAGCAACCUUAUUCAUCUCAAGCAAUGCCACCCAGGCCUUAUACAUACCCGCCACAACAGUAUCCUCAGUAUACACCCCAUCCAUAUUAUCAUCAAGCUCCUUAUCAACAGUAUCCGCCACCACCUCCACGCGUAGCAUAUCCUCAACAAAUAGGUACUGUUAAUCAAGAUACAAAUCAACCACCGCUUGAAAAUAUGUAUAACGCACCUUCAAUUUCUGGACCAUCUGAAACACCAAAUGAUGAAAAUAAGCAAUUAAUUGAUGAAGUGAAAUCUACUGAACCAAACACAGCUCACGAGAAACCAGCUGAACAAGAAGAAACAGUACCUCAACCAUCUUCAGCAAAACUCGAUGAAGUUUCACAAUAACAUAUUUAUAAGUACUCAAUAAUUUAAAAACAUUUUUUUGUUGUCUACUUUGUUCUAAGUUUAAAAAAAAUAGCAUUGAUAUUGUAUCAUAACUCUUAUUGAACGUAUUUUCAUUUUAUAAUUAUUAAGUCAGUUUAACAAAAAACAUUUUUUUAGAAUUAAAAUAUAUUGUGGGUAAUGGUUUUAACACGUUGUAUUGUUUUCUUUUUCUUUAAACUUAUUUGCAGUCUGUAUUAAAUUUGUAACAUGUUUUUAGUAGUCCCAAUUCUUUUGUAAUUCCAAAUAAUGUAUUUAAAAAUAUAUAUAUGUAUACAAUUGUUUUAAUCAAACAUUUUGUACAUAAUAAGCAUAUAAUUAUUAGUUUUUGGCAGGAAUACAAAUUUAAUAUUAGUGAACUGUUACAAGCAUUUACAUUAAUGCAGUACAAAAAUAAAAUAUAUUAAUAUAAUAGUAAAUACUAAAUAGUAAUAAGUAUAUAAGAUGAUAAUGGUAAGAUAAUAAAUUCAUACAACAAAGGUAUUUUACAUAGAAAUUACCAGUUUUAAAAUGUAUUUAAGUUCUAAAUGUCUCACCACAAAAAAUAUAUAUUUUAAGUUUAUAAACAAAAAAUAAGAUCUUAAUAAAUGAAUACAAAAAUAAA